AUGGAAGACGCGAUGGUGGUGCGUACGGACGGGAACUCUCUGCUCAAGGCUGUGUUCCUGAGCCGACUGCGUCUGACACGCCUGCUGCUGGAGGGAGGGGCUUACAUCAACGAGAGCAACGAGCGCGGCGAGACGCCCCUGAUGGUGGCGUGCAGGACGCGCCACACGGACGCACAAAGCGUGCCCAAACACAAGAUGGUUCGGUACCUGCUGGAGAGCGGAGCUGACCCAAAUAUCCAGGACAAGACCGGUAAGACGGCCCUGAUGCAUGCCUGUUUGGAACAGGCGGGGGCAGAGGUCCUCUCUCUACUACUGGGGAGUGGAGCUGACCCCAGCCUGGACGACCACUCUGGCUUCUCAGCACUGGUCUAUGCUGUCAACGCAGGGGAGAACGAGGCCCUGAGAGUCCUACUGGAUGCCUGCAAGGCCAAGGGCAAGGAGGUCAUCAUCAUCACCACGGACAAGCUGCCGUCAGGACGCCAGAUGACCAAGCAGUACCUGAACGUACCCCCGCCUCCCGACCUGGAGGAGCGCCUGCACUGCACCCCUGGCUCCGCUGCCUGCUGCAUGUCCCCCUCAGAGAUCCAGCUCCGCACCCCUCCACAGGGCACCUCAGCCAAUGCCUCACCCCAGCCAGGGAGCCCCCUCCUGGGCCUCAGGGAGCACCACCACCAGGGUGGUGGAACAAACAUCUCUGGUUCUGCUGGUUCUGGUUCUUCUCAGCCGGGCUCCCCGACCAGGGACCCUAACCUGUUUCGAGGCCCCGGUCCUGGGGUGGUGAAGCUGUUCCAUCCCCAGCGGCUCCACUCUGAGCCCUGGCUGCAGCAGAACAAGGCCUCCAGCCUGACCGAGGAGCUGCUGGACAUCACCCCAGAGGAAGAGCUCUCCUUCCGGGUCAACAGCCUGGUCUUCUCUGGGUCCGGAAGAGUGGGACCCGGGGCACAUCCGAUCGUCGCCCGCCACCAAAGUAUCGACCCCAAGGAUGCCACGGGGCUGCUGGAGCAGGUGGUUGGGAGUGAGGGAGGUGGCGGGGGAGGAGGAAGAGGAGGCCUGAGUAGGAAGAUGUCUUACGACAGUGCUGCAGCUUAUUCCCACCCAAACCUCCUGCACCGGGGGGACGGAGGAAGCUAUGGAGGCUACCCCUGUGGCGCCCAUGAGCCUGUCCUCCCCGUAAACAAAACCUCUCCAGACUGUUGCCUUCCCAACCUGGCUGUGUCCAGCCUGAGGAAUGUGGUCCGCCGCCGCAACAUUGGCAUAGACCAUUACAGCUCUGACUCCCAGCUUCCCCAGUUUGGCAGCCACACCAGCCACCCAGAGAGUGGAGACUCCUCCAGGGGUGUUGUAGGGGGAACUGAGAAGCGUAAACUGGUCAGUAGUAGAUCCUCCACACUGUCGGGCUCCCGGGAGUCCCUGGAGAGUGCUGCCCAGAGAAGAGGCCCUGCAAACCUGGAGAGGAGAGGCUCGGGGGCCCUGCUCCUGGAUCACAUCUCCCACACCCGCCCGGGGUACCUGCCCCCUCUCAACCCCCACGCACCCAUACCCGACAUCGGGGUCAGUCCGACCUCAACCUGCCCCAGCCUGAGUGGAAGCACCAAGGCACUGAAUCUGAAUGGGGGUGUCGCAGGGCUGGGAUCAAAGCCUCUUGUCCCCUGUGCUCCUGCCAUGCCCAGAGAUCUGAAGUCAAAGCAGACACUGCUGAGGAGACACUCCAUGCAGACAGAGCAGAUUAAACAGCUGGUCAACCUCCAGGAGAUAAUCCAUGCAGACAGAGGAGAUUAA